CUUGUCCACAACUGUUCUUAGUCGAUCUCUGCUUUGCUGGCAGGGUGACGUGUAGGUUGAGAAAAUUCUACGGGAGGGCGGGGGCGUUGCCCGCCCACGGCGUACUGCCGACGAGCGACGCGCGGCGCGGGAAUGGGCAUGGCAUUGUGCGGACCGAGCUGUGCAGGAACUCUCCGAGGAGCUCGGGCGCACUGGCACUUCGCUGCCGCGGGGGCGGCGUUUGGCGCUGUGGCUGGCUGCGGCGAGGUGGGUCAGCGCCUGCGGGCGCUGCUGCCCGCCCUGCAGGCGAAGCUGGCCAGGCGCGCGCCGUCAUGGCUCGACAUCCUGCGCGGGUGCGUCGCCAUGCACGCGGAUGCCGACGGCAUCGAUGUGGCAACGGCUGGAGCAACGGUGCGGAGGCGAGCCCAGGGAGGCGCUCCCUCAGGCAGUUCCCCGAUGGUCAUGACCAUCUCGUACCACUUGAUGCCUUCGGCGUUAUUCGCCAUGCUGCAGAUACCCUCGAAGCUUUUUUCACGGUGUCCUCAGCGUCCUGCGGGCUUUUCUGCAUGUCGCCCAAAGUCGGCCAGUUCAUCCUCUGCUCGACCUUGACCGUCGAGUUCGCCCCUGACCGAGAGUCUGGAGUCGAUCCCUGGGC